UAUGUUAGCCUUCAGAAAUGAGUUGAAGAGUAUACCUUCUUUUUCUAUUUCCUAUAAUUGGAAUUGUGUGUUAUUUUACUAUUUACAGAACUCAUCUGUAAGGCUGUCUGGUCCUGGCAUUUUCUAUGUGACUGUUUUUUAACUUAUGUUUCAAUCUCUUUAUAUUGUUAUGUAGAUACUGAGUUUUCUGUUCUUUUUUUUUUUUUUUGAAGUUUAUUUAUUUAUUUUGAGAGACAGAGAGAGAGCGAGUUUGAGGCAGAGAGAGGGGUGUAGAGAGAGAAUCCCAAGCAGGCUCCACACUGUCAGUGUAGACCCUGACAUGGGGCUCAAACUCAUGAACCGUGAGGUCAUGACCUGAGCGUAAAUCAAGAGUUGGAUGCUUAACUGAGCCACCCAGGUGGCCCUCUAUUUCUUCUUGAGAUAGCUUUAUCAGGUUGUAUUUUUAUCUAGAAAUUUAUCCAUUUCAUCUAAAGUAUUUAAAUAUAUCAGCAUAACCGGAUGAUGUAUGAAGUGAUAGUAUACCUGGAACUAAAGUUAUACUGUAUGUAAAUAAAAAAUUUUUAAACAUAUAUAUCAACACAAAGCUAUUCAUAAGCUAUUUAAUAUUUGCAGCAUCUGUUUUUACAUCUUAUUUCUGUUAUGACAUUUUAUUUGUACCCUUUAUAUUGAUAAACCUAUGAGAUGUGUCUCUGUUACUAGGCUUAUUAAACAAAUACUUUUUUUUUUAAGUAGGCUCCAUGGGCAUGGAGCUUGAACUAACAACCCUGAGAUCAAGACCUGGUGCUCAAUGGACUGAGUCAUGCAGGAGCCCCAAACAGUGACUUAAAAAAAAUUUUUUUUUAAUGUUUAUUUAUUUCUGAGAGAGAGAGAGAGACAGAGAGUGAUCAGGGGGAGGGGAAGAGAGAGAGGGAGACACAGAGAAUUUGAAGCAGCUCCAGGCUCUGAGCUGUCAGCACAGAGCCCAACAUGGGGCUUGAACCCACAAACCAUGAGAUCAUGACCUGAGCCAAAGUCACACGCUUUACCGACUGAGCCACCCAGGGACCCCCCCAAACGGUGACUUUUCCUUAAGGUUUAUUUAUUUUGAGAGACAGAGAGAGAGAGAGAGAGAGAGAGAGAAUGAGAAUGAGUAGUGGAGGGGCAGAGAGAGAGAGGGAGAGAAAGAAUCCCAAGCAGGCUCCAUGCUGUCAGCCCAGAGCCUCAAGUGGGGGCUCGAACUCAUGAACCAUGAGAUCAUGAACGGAGCUGAAACCAAGAGUCACACGCUUAACUGACUGAGCCAUCCAGGCGACACCCCCCUAAAUAAUGACUUUUUCAGACAUACCAAAGCUAAAAGAGUUCAUUGCCUGAAAGAAGUCUUUCAGAUAGAGAAAAAAUGACAGCAGGUGAAAAUAGGAAUCUACACAAGGAAUGAAAGACAUUGGAAAUUGUAGCUAUAUGACAAUAUGAACAAUUGCUGGGAAUAAUGCAUGGGAAUAGUUUGGAAAGUUUUGAUUUACAAUGCUAAACUAUGGGAUUUUGUUCUCCAUGAAGGAAUGUGCUUAUUUUCUAAAGGAAAACCUCUGAUAAUAUAAUUUUAUUUAGCCUUCCAAUAAGUGUCAAACACAGUAAACCUGUCUCCAAAUUAAAAAGAAAAAGUCUUUACAAGAAUUUUAAGGAGAACAGGUCCCCACCCUGGUAAUCACAUGCACUUGAAACAGCUGUGGCAGGGGGAAGGCCGCCACCACUGAGGCAAAAUUUCAAACACAGUUCUCAGUUCUCAGGCUGUUGUCCUGAGUAGAGAAAAUAACUGAAGUACUCUGCAAUAAGAGAAAGGAUAAAAAGUGAUGGAGGGGCGCCUGGCUGGCUUAGUCGGUUGAGCCGGUGGUUCUUGACCUUGGUCAUGAGUUUGUUCCUCAUGUUAGGUGUAGAGAUUACUUAAAUAAACAAACUAUGGAAAAAGAUAAAUGAAGGGAAUCUAGGAUGGAAAACAAUGCUGCCACUAUAAAAAACACCCUAGGAGAAAGCUUAUAGGAAUGGGAAAAUAUUCCCUAUAUAUUGUUAAGCAACAAACAAACAAAAGAACACAACAACAAAGAACACCAAAAGAAGAAAAGAAGAGAAAAAGCAGAACAUAAAAUAGUAUGUAUCCUAUCACACAUUUUAGUUUUAAAUUUAACCAGACACAAAAUAAUAGUUGGACAUUUGUGAAUAUGAAGAGUAUCUUCAACUGGUGAGAUCACAGCUAACUUGUUUUUGUUUUUUUAAGAUUUGUGAUUUUCUCAAAUUUCCUAAUGUUUCUGUAUUGAAAAUGUGUUACUUCUCCAAUAAGGAAAAAAAAUGAAGAUGUUAUUUAAAAUAUUGGCUCCUUAAAUCAGACAUUCUGAGGUUUCUUUACAGACUCACCAAAACCCACUUCUUGCUGCACUGGGGACUGCACACUCAGCUAGACUUUUGGACUCCUCCUCCAGGAAAAGAAAAAGGAAAAAAAGAAAAAAUAAAAAGAAAGAAAAUUGAAUAGAUGAACGGUCUAACAGACUGAAAUACAGUUGAAAUUACUUCGUUUUCCACUAGAAGUCAAACUGUGAAAUGCUUUAUAUUCCAUAAACUAAGCAGGUGGAGAGACUUGUGUUCCUGAAGAGUGAGGUUGGCCCAGUUGGGCAGGGUUUAGUGUAACGGCUCCAUUCUCCAGUAGAUAGCACUGCUUAGCUUACUGGUGUGGAUUCUUGAGGCGCUUGUAGGUGCGUAUGCGCAUGCAUGGAAGCAUUGACCAUGGCGUCACCCAGUUACCCACUGUCUCCUAUCAGACCUGAUCUCCCCGAUCAGCAAUCGCGCACCUGUCCUUUGUCUUCAGCUUCCAUCCACUCCAAGCUUUUACACAGUCCGCAACCCAGCCCCAGGCAGCACCUUCCUUCUGAAUUUUGUUUUAGAUGCGGCUGUUUUUCCCGAACCCUUACUUCUGAGGGACUGCGGUUUUGACCUGUUCUGCGCUUCUGCGGGAGGGUCUCACUGAGAAAUGGUCGGUUGCCGGCCGCACCCAGGAAUGUUUGCGGGACCGGGCUGCUGCUGAUGCAUAGAGACUGAGGCCUGGUGCCAGCCCGCCCCAGAAAAAGUUCGUGAGAUGGUGUAGCAGCAGCGUUUCAGGGAUUAUGGAAAAUCACAACACGCAUCUGGCACCAGGCUUCACCCUUAAUGACCUUGUUCCAGCACCAGCGAAUGUGGUUGUUCUCCCGGGUCCACUGGGGCCUUACCUUUGGGGGACCCACACAGCCUCUACCAGGUGUCCUCCCAGCAAGGCAACCGCCUUUCCACUUGUGGCCUGAAGAACCCUGGACUCCACUCUGCUCCUGGGGAUUCACCCUUCCCACCAGAGCACCGCCAGAAAAAGAAAAGAAACAAGAAAGAAAAAAAGAAAAAAGGAAGAAAAAAAAGAAAGAAUAUUGAAUGCAUGGACCGAUGAACAGACUGAAAUAAGACUAAAGCUAUUUUGUCUUCCCCUAGGAGUCAAACUAUGAAGCACUUUAUGGUCCAUAAACUAAGCAGGUGGAGAGACUUGUGUUCCUAAAGAAUGAGGUUGGCCCAGUUGGGUGGGGCAUAGGGUAAUGGCUCCAUUCUCCGCUAGAUGGCGCUGCCUAGCUUUUGGGGUGGAUUCUUGUGGCGCUUGUAGGUGCAUAAGCGCAUGCGCGGGUGCGGUUAAAAUGGCGUCACCCAGUCACCCAGUCUUAGUAUCCAACUCUGUUCUCCCCGAUCAGCAAUCGCGCACCCAUCCUUUGUCUUCGGCUUCCAUCCACUCCAUGCUUUUGCACAGUCUGCGACCAAGCCCCAGGCAGCAUCUGCCUCUUGAGUUUUGUCUCAGAUGCUGUUGUUUUCCCCCACCUCUUACUUCUGAAGGACUGCGGCUUUGACCUGUUCUGCCCCUCUGCAGGAGGGUCUCACUGAGCAAUGACCUGGUGCUAGCUGCACCGAGGAACAUUUGUGGGACAGUGCUGCUGCUGAUGCCCAGAGACUGUGGCCGGGUGCCAGCCCACCCCAGAAAAAGUUCGUAAGAUAGUGUAGCAUCAGCGUUUCAAGGAUUAUGGAAAAUCGCAACACACAUCUGGCACCAGGCUUCACCCUUAACGACCUUGUUCCAGCACCAGCGAAUGUGAUUGUUCUCCCGGGUCCACUGGGGCCUUACCUUUGGGGGACCCACACAGCCUCUACCAAGUGUCCUCCUGGCAAGGCAACCGCCUUUCCACUUGUGGCCUGAAGAACCCUGGACUCCACUCUGCUCCUGGGGAUUCACCCUUCCCACCAGAGCACCGCCAGGGAUUUGGGGUUUUGGUUUAGCUUCAGUUCCUCUCCUCAACUCUGACCUUACAGGAGUGGUCGCUGUAGAUGUGAACCACCCACACACUCACCUUCCGAACCCACGUCGGCUGCAGUGGCCACACUGGGCUAGGUCACAGGCGGGCACUACCUCCCUGCCCCUGGACCUGAGAAGCCUCCAGCUGGACGCCUCACCCCCCUCCUCACAGAAGGAAUUUCAACCGCUCCAGGACUCCUGGGGAGAGAGAGGACCUUCAUUUCCCUCCUGCUUGGUGAUCACAUGUUUAUGUGCCCUCUGCUAACCACUACUGAGGGCUCUUUGGUGAAAAUGGCCCUGAGAUUACAAAGACUUUGCUGGAGUUCAGGCACCAGUGCUGUGGUGACUUUCUCUGCUGCUCCUUGUGAACCAGCAGACCCAUGAGAUUUACAGGAAGGUUCCUAUAGGCAAAGACUCAUCCUUCCCAGCAAUGCUGCAAAAGUUUGGCCUGGCUGAUUCCUCACCCCUCGCUCCCAACGUCCUUGAUUCCCUCUGGACUGAAAGCAAGAUGCUCCUCCCACCCUUCUUUUCUUAGAAGCCAAGCCCCUUUGUAAUCUAUAUAAGAUUCAUACCCCGGGGAUCCAGGGAUUGCAGAGACUGGCCUUCUGCUCUCACCUGGAGACGAAGCUAGAGACCCAGGUCAGUAGCCCAAGAGGCGGUCUCAGGGACUCCUUCUGCUUAAGGGUUGGAGAAGAGGAAUCAGGGUGGGUGAGGCUCGCAUGGAGAAAGCUUGGGCUAGGCAAAUAUCCAGAUGGAGCAUGGGAGCUGCAGACAACUAAUGAAUGGGGCUGGAGAAGGAGCAGCAGCCCCCCUGCCCCAAGCUGGGGGACACAAGCACCUCUCUUUGGAAUACAAUGGCAUCCCUUUGUGAUGCCAAUGUUGGGCAGUGGGCUGCUUCCCUUGUGUUGGAGGACAACAGGGCUCUGUCAGUUAUGAUCCUAGAUGUUCUGGUGGUAUCUCAGGGAUGCAAUUUAGCUCACAGUUUAUUCAAAAGGAUUUUCUAAUGAGCCACUUGAGUUCUGGGUCUAGACGUAUUUUAAAUUUAAAACUCCCUAGUAUUCAGGCACAGGACUGCAGGAUUUGAGAUCACUUUCAAUGUCACCACCCGGAGGGGAAGACCACCUCUCUCUAGCUCGUGGGAGAACAGUGUAUGUGAGUGUGUUGUUACUUGGAAAAUUGUGCAGAGGGAGGGAUAUCUUUCUGGAGGACCCAAAGGGAGACUGUGAGCCAGGGAGGCCACAGGUAGGAGCUGGGGUUCUCUUUCUCAGGCAGCGCUUUCUCUCUCCUCUCCCUUUCCUAGCUAGGCUCUCCCAGGGAAGUGAGACCACCAUGGCUCAGAAAAGGUUCUGCAUCUGGUUCCCACUUCUGGUCCUGGUGCUGCUGGCGCUGGGGUACGUCCAGCCUUCUCUGGGCAAGGAAUCCCGGGCCAUGAAGUUCCAGUGGCAGCACGUGGACUCGAACCUCACCAACUAUGGCCGCAACUACUGCAACGAAAUGAUGAGGCACCGGCAAAUGACAGAUGGACAGUGCAAGCCGGUGAACACCUUUGUACACGAGCCUCUGGCAGAUGUCCAGGACGUCUGCCUCCAGGGAAAUGUCACCUGCAAGAAUGGGCAGCCCAACUGCCACCAGAGUUUCUCAAAGAUGAAUAUCACUGACUGCCACCUGAGGCCUGGCUCCAGAUACCCCAGAUGUACAUAUGAGACCACCCAGAAACAUAAAUACAUCAUCGUGGCCUGUGAGGGGGACCCGUAUGUGCCAGUCCACUUUGAUGAUUCUGUUUAGGUCUCCACCUGAGGCCGGAGCAGUGAGAUGCACCCCCUCACCACUGUGACCCCUGCGUCUCCCCUCUCCCUUCCCUGCCCUGAGGGAAAUAACUCAAGUUGGUGCUCCUCUCCAGUACACAAAUGCUUCCCUGCCCAAGGCUUGCCCUUGCAUGGUUUGAGGGGUGAGGUGUGCCCCAUGUUAACCACUUCACAGCUUCUUUCAAUAAAACACAGUUGCA